AUGCCAGAUUUUACAAUUAAUGAAUUGUUUAUUAUUAGUGUUUAAAAAUCAAAAUUGCAAAUAUUAGAUUAAUUUAGGUGUAAUGACAAGAUUCAAUUCUUAGAGCCCAUUUUAAGUGUGUUGGAAAUUACAUUUUUUGUAUGUCAUCCAAAUCUACUGAGCAUAGAUUUCGAGUGCAAAAAAAAUAUAAUUUCUUGGGAUUAUCUAAAUUAUGAGUUAUUUCAUGAUUAAGGUCAUUUUUCUAUUAGAUUCCAUUAGUAUUUUAAUUUUUUUCAUUAAGUUUUAGGUCAUAAUAUUUCUUGGUUUUAAUAAUUUCAUAAUAUUGGUUAGUAUCAAUGGAUUAUCCAAAAGAAUUCUGUUAUUUAUUAUUCUUCUAUCAGAUUUUAAUAAUUUACACAACAUUUAAUUGUAGAAAUUACUUUUGUAUUAAAAUAUAUUAUUAGUUGUUUCAUUAAAGGUUGUUGUUAUGCAUCAAGUUCGAUUAUUGAUUGUUUUUAAGUUGAUUUGAUCUUCAGACUAAAAUAUAUUAGCUUGUUAUUUGAUCUUUUCAUUUCUCUGUUAACUUUAAAUUUAAGCUAUUGGCAAUUAAAGCCUACAAACUAAACAAACUUUAAAUAAUUACAUUCUUCUAGGUAUCCUAGUCUGAUCCUUAUUCUCAAAAACUGCUAUUUCUUUUGA